AUGGCCAUCAAACUUCGUGGCCCGGCGUUGUACCGGCUGAUGAAAAUCGUCAGCGGCCUGUCAUUCUGCAUGUAUGGCUACGACGCCGGUGUGUUAGGUGGCAUGCUCCUCCACAAGCCUUUUCAAGAUGCCAUGGGUAAUCCGACCGGUGUCUGGAUCUAUCCCAUGAUUGUCGCAUCGUACGAUCUCGCGGCGUUUGUCACGUCCAUCGUGAUUGCGACCUUCACGAUGAGGAUUGGGCGCCGAGGCACCAUCAUCAUGGGUAACGUUGUGGCUGUCUUUGGAGCUAUCUUGCAGGCAAGCUCCUACAGCGUCCCUCAGAUGAUUGUGGGAAGACUCUUGACCGGUUUCGCCAUUGGAUCCAUCUCCAGCUCUGUGCCGACCUAUCUGAAUGAAUGUGGUAGCAAGAUCCACGACCGUGGUCCCGCUAAUGCAAUCAAUGCCAUGUUCUUGAUGGGAGGCGUGCCUCUUGCGUAUUGGAUCGACUACGGCUUCGUUCACUGGGGACACCAGGCCAGUUGGCGCCUUCCUGUCAUUCUGCAGUGCUGCUUCGCGAUCCCUGCAGGCUUGACCAUGUUCUUCCUCCCCGAUACGCCUCGAUGGUACUACGCCCGAAAUAGGGUGGAAGAAGGUGAUGCUGCACUCGCCCAGCUCUACGACGAGGACAUCGAUUCCCCGGCAGUUCAGGAAACGAAGAGGAACAUUAUGGCCGCUAUUGAAAUUGAGCUGGAAGCCAACUCGAGCAUCUCGUGGCAUCAAUUCCUGACCCUUGGCAUCGUGGAUAAUACAAAGCUGAAAAUCAUCCGGCGUCUUGUUAUCUGCUUCUGGCUUCCUAUGCUCGGAGAAUGGCAGGGAAUCAGUUUGCUUGCCUACUUUGCACCGGUAAUUCUGAGCGGCAUCGGAACGUCGCCAGGCACUGUUGCUGUUAUCUCAGGCGUCCUCAGCACUUGCAUGUUCCUGGGCACAGUCCCGCUCUACUGGACCAUUGAAAAAUUCGGCCGUAGGUCGACCAUGCUGUAUAGCGCCAUAGUCUCGUCGCUGCUCUACAUCGUCUUCAUUGUCCUGGUGGCAGUAGGCGGCCGAGGAGAGCAAUGGGCGUCGGUCGUGAUGCUGUUCCUCAUCGUACCUGUCCUGUCCUACGGUUGGCAGGCGAACAAGUUCCUCUACAGUAGCGAAAUCUCACCGCUUGAGUAUCGACAUAUUGGUGGCGCGUUCUUCUCCAGCGGCGAAUGGUUGAUGGUAUUCAUCACUGUUUUCGCCUCGCCGAUUGGCUUGGAUACGUGUGGUUGGCCGUUCUGGUUCUUCAUCCUGGCAGGCAACAUCUUGUCCGUCAUCUUUGUCUGGUUGCUUUGUCCAGAGACGGCUGGCAAAACGCUCGAACAAGUGGACUAUUUGUUCAUUGGCAAAGGCUUCGCAGGAUUGCGAAGGGAUGGCGACCACGAUAUCGGCCAACCUGAGAAGAAGCUGGAGCAUACUCACGUUGAGGACCGAGAGGAAUCCGGUGAAUGA